AUGUCUAUAGUCGCCAAGAUUGCCGCGAUGCAGCGACAUCGUGCCGCCGCCUCCGAGACUCCGGAUGAUCUUCUGGAUGUGAGAGUCACUUCUGAAUCAUCGACUACCUCAAGGAUCGGCCAGUCUACCAUGGACACUGGACUCCGAGGUCUAUGCCAGUCCACGCAGUCUGUGGGUCUAGAAGAUCAUGUAGCCACCGAGGUCGCAGAAGAAGCCCCCGACAUGCUACAACUCAGCAUAGACCCAGAGAAGCUCGCCAUUGCUCGUGCCAACACCCAAGACUCACGUCUACUCCGUCUCCCAGCUGAGAUCCGCAACACCAUCUACGACUUGGUUCUCAGCUCUCACCGCGACUUCCACACCUUCGAUGUCGCACGCCAGAAGAGUAUGCGGCAGAAUGGUGGAAGCGAAACUACUAUACAACAGCUCGCUUUGUUGCAAGUCUGCCGCCAACUCUACACCGAAACCAAUCUUAUCGCCCUUAACUCCACACCUUUCGCCUUCAGCUCCGUCACCGACUUCUCCAAGUACCUCGCUCAGACACUGCUUCCUCGACAAAUCAGCGCUAUAGCCGUGCUCAAGUGCCCGUUCCGCGAGAUCUACUUCCCUGGCUUCGGCGUAAACUCCGCGUUCAUCGGGCUCCUUCGUGAGAGUCUGCGUGGGCUGAAGGUGCUGGUACUGUUUGGGGUGAGGAGUAAGGCCGUCGAGGAGGAGGCGAUGCGGGUCAUAGAGAGGAAGAUCGCGAGGGAGAUUAAAGAAGGGUGUGGAGAGCUGGAGGUGAAGGUUGAGUUGACGAGGAAUGGUUUGCAGUGGCGCAAGGAGGUCGCAUCGGUCUAUGGCCGUGGAGAGCGGAGUUUGGGCGCAGAGUGA